GGAAAUACUUUGCCAUGAAAGAUCUCGGUGAUCUCCAUUUUUUCUUGGGAGUUCAGGCUGUGCGCAAUUCUAAUGGGCACUCUUACACAUGGGCUUCUUCUUCGGACGGCAGAACGUCCUUUUUUUCAGUUCUUGCGUACUCUGAUGCUGAUUGGGAUGGUUGCCCUGAUAGUAGUCAGUCCACUACUGGCUAUGCUGUUUUUCUGGGUCCAAAUUUGAUCUCUUGGCGCUCUAAGAAGCAACCCACUGUCUCCAGAUCCUCUACUGAAGCUGAGUAUCGAGCUAUUGCAUAUACGGUGCAAGACACUUUACAUAUCCGAUCUAUACUUUUGUAGCUCGGAUUUCCUCUGCAUCGACCGAUUCGGCUUUUAUGUGAUAAUAUAAUAUUUCUGCCUCAUAUUUAUCUGCUAAUCCCAUUCAGCAUGCUUGCAGUAAGCACAUUGGUAUUGAUUAUCAUUUUGUUCGAGAACGUAUAGCUCAUGGUGAUCUCCUCGUGCAGUAUGUUCCUACGAAGUUUCAGUUAGCGGAUAUUUUUACCAAGUGCUUGGCUCCUCAACAGUUUUUUAUUUUUACGAGACAAUCUACAUGUAGUUCCUCCUGCAUAGAUCGAAGGGGUGUAAUAAAGUAGAAUUAAUUAUAUAUCAAUUAUUAGGCAGUAUCUUAAUUGUAUUUGGAGACUUAUUUCAUUAUAAAUAUACAGUGAGAGCUACCAGUCUGGUUAAGCC